UAACAAAACGUCACAAAUCCAUGUUAUUUUCGUUCCUCUUUUGUAUUUUACAAAUAAUACAAUUCAUGAAAAGUUAUCAAUAUGAAUCAGACAAUAAAUGUGGAUCAACUCAACUCUGCACUAACAUCACUUAGAACGCUGCGGUCUAGUGUAAGCCAUGUCUUUGAAACGCUGUCACACGGUCUUCGAGCUGAUCACGGCGAAGACGGUAAAGACAAAUUUCUAUCUGAGCUCCAAGAACUUCUAAAUAAUGUUAAUAUAAAUGUACGAGAUUUAGAACAAACUGUAAACAGCUUGCCAAUACCUACCGCACCUUUUAAUUUAGGCAAUACGACAUUUUUAAGUCAAGACACGACGCAAGAUCGACAAGCUUUAUAUACUCAAUUGGUCAAUAGUUAUAAAUGGACUGACAAAAUACAUGAGUACAGUUCUUUUGCAUACACGCUAUUAAAUCAAAACUCUCUUAAAAGAUCAAAUAUCAACUCGGCCACAAAAAGACGUGGUAAAAUGCAAAGUAAUCACAAUGUUGCUCCCUUACAAGUAGACAAUGUAAUAAAUAAUAUUGGUAGAUCGUACAACGAUAUGAAAAUAACUAUAUCACGUCCAUUUGCCAGCAAUGCUGUUGUACAAAUUAAUUUAAGCCAUGUCCUUAAAGCAGUAGUAGCUUUUAAAGGACUCCUAAUGGAAUGGGUGAUGGUAAAGGGCUAUGGAGAAACCUUAGAUUUAUGGACAGAAUCAAGGCAUAAUGUUUUCCGUAAAGUUACUGAAAAUGCCCAUGCAGCUAUGUUGCAUUUUUACUCUCCAAUGAUACCAGAGUUAGCAGUUCGCUCUUUUAUGACUUGGCUGCAUAGUUAUGUAAAUUUGUUUAGUGAUCCAUGUAAGAGAUGUGGGUGCCAUCUCCACCACACAUCAAUGCUUCCCCCUGCAUGGCGUGAUUUUCGCUCACUUGAACCAUUCCAUGAUGAAUGCAAACAAUAGUCUAUGUGGUAUUGAAUGAGAAAGUGGAAUGCAUACCAGUGUUGUUUACUUUCUCAUUCAAUACAUAAACUGAAAUAGUAGUAUAAUAUUGUUAGAUUAUAAUUUCAGUUUAUAGAUUAGCUGUUUCACUGCACAUAUUUUUAAUUAAAGACGGUGUCUGUACAGUCUUAUUACUUAAUAUAACAUAAAAUCAGGGAAUUCUUUAAGUCCUAUGUACAAUUAUUUCCUAUAUAAUAUUAAAAUAUUUUGUAAUAAAGUUUGAAGCUACAUAUUAUUGUGUUUUGCUAUAUCUAUGCUAUGAUAUAACUUAAUAUAUCAUUGCUAUAAGAUCUUUAGAAAAAAAAAGAAUAGUUACUUGUAUAAGCUAUCAUGUAAUAUGGUUAAAAGGAGUAUUAACUCCAUUAUACUCCAUUAACAAUAAUUAACGAGCAUACCCCAAAUACACACCUUCAUGUACUUACCCUCACUUUUACACAAUUACACAACAAAGCCAAAAUUAGGUACCACUUAGUUAAAUUUAUUGAAUAAUAUUUGUUUCCUUUUGUUAAUUUUUGAACCUUUUUGUAGUUAAAUGUAUUCCAUCUCUGGCUAUAUUUUAAUUUUGUAUCUGUUUGUUAUUAUAUAUAAUUUAUGUUAGCUGUAGGAUUACGAAAU